AUGUUCUGGAUCCUGAGGCGCACCGGCGCGGUCAACUUCUUCAACUCCAUCAACGGAAACGCCGCAAAAACGGGGUCCAACCACAGCAACAACGCGGAACGGAGCAACCCUCGGCCACCGCGAAAAGCCUACGGACGUCUGAGUGGUGAAUCAGAUGACGUCCAGUCACAUCAACGUUCGCGGUAUGGUGAAGUGGUAACACCUUCAGCUGGCUGCAGUGGUCAGCUGAUCGAUCUAGAGGGUGAUGCGGCUGGUUCGGGCGCUGGAGCUUGCGGUCCGUGUGAUGAACAGGCGAACUGUCUCGUGUAUGGGUGUGCCGGUAGCACUGGUAGUGGUAGCAACACCAGCAACACCAGCAACACCCUCAACAACAACAACAUUCCGGUGCAGCAGCACCCGUGGACGCAAACCGGUGAGGCUGGACUGAAUGGGAACGACACCGAUCUGGAGGAGGAUGUCAAUCGGAACCACUCGAACUACAACGAGACCGAUUCGGAGCUUGAGCUGGAUGGGAAAAUUAAGGAGCAACGCCUCGAGGAGCAGGCUCUGGCACGGCUGCAUGCGAUAGCGCUUUCGGAUGACGACGAGUACGAUGAGUCGCUCACGUGUAAUGUGUGCGAUCGGGCCUUCCGCUGCCGUCGUCAGCUGGCAUCACAUCAGCAGAAGAAGCGUCACUUUGGAUGCAGCGGCUGCGAUAGCCUCUUUUCGUCGUUGAUGCUGCUGGAGCACCACAAGGAAGAGUUCGAGCACUGGAGUGACUACGAGGAUGAUGGGCGAUUGCCGUGUUGCCGACGUAAUCGCCGGGAUGAUGACGACUACUCGGACUCCGACACCGGCACCAGCGAUGCUGAGAGUGAGGACCUCGAGCGGCUGCUCUAAAGUGCUGUACGUCCACUGUAGGGCCAACAUCUGCAACAGCAGCGAGGCAGAAUAUAACCGCACUGGGCGCGUCUAUGUUGCAUUGCUCACUAAACCCCCGGGUCGGGGGAUGAAAGGCUGAUUUGUGGCUCUGAAAUACACAAGCAGGAAUUGGGGAUUAAAGGCAGACCACUAGGUGGAGGAUCAAAGUAGGCGAACAGGGCACUCCCGCACCCGGGAAGGACCUAACAGCUACGCGUAAAUGUCUAGUGUUUGAGUCAACAACGCUUUUAUUCGAUGUGUUUUUAGCUUACCACGCGGAAAUCGUUGCCCAGUGCACGUCCUUUAGGCUGUGUGUCUAAACACAGCAACCGUUACGUUUGCCGUCGCAUCUACAUUACUCCUUAAAAUCCUACCAGCAGCUAUAUUUGGGCCUCAAGGGCGCACAAAUCGAUGUUUUGUCCAAUCCCAGUAAGCAUGUGCAGAAGCCAAAAACUCCCCAAAAAAAAGCACGAUGAAUCCUUCCGUUGUACUCCAAUGGCUGGUAUGUUGUUGUGUAGGUUUGCUACACAGCAUCUCACCGUAAAGAUGAACCCCGGUAGCCAGGAGCCUUACUCUUGACGUUUGUAGCGUUACCCAAGCGCCAGAAAGCGCCUAUCCAGUGGCUCCUUGUACCGUAAAAGCCUGAUGAGAAAGAGGAUAAAAGAUACACACACCUUUUGCGCAAAACAAUCCAACCCAAGCUACCACAAAUUACAACCAUCUAAAGAAACACAUUUAUACAACUUAUCGAAGACGGUUGGUGAACUGAAACAGAACGUCACAAUCAUUCCUGACCCGCUUUCGCUAGCAAACCACGUUUGUGAACGAUAAUGUCGAUGAUGGCACAUUUUUACACGAACUUUAAAUGGGACGUAUUGAAAGUGAAGUGACAAAAACUAAACAACCCUCUUGCAUCCCGAGGUACCAAUUCUACUGAAAUAUUCAUAUCAUUAUAUGUCCGCAAACCGCAGGAUAGGGAAGGGAUAGACACUCACACGGAACGAGCAGCUUUGAAGAAAGAGAAGAACUAUAUCAUACCUACUAAGUAGCAAAAAUUUUGGAGGAAAGAAACUAGAAACAAGCGACAUGAAUUUAAGCGCAACAACUAGGAGAGUCAGAGGAAUCUUGUGCAGCAGAGCUGUGUUAAUGUGUCUGUGGCUAAUAGUAACGUAGCUGAUGAUUAAAUAACUGAUAUGUAAAACACGUAUAUUGAACCUUAAUGUUGUGAACGCCAAGUGCAAAAAAAUAAACAGAAUAAAUCAUAUGA